CAAUCGGAAGUAUUUUCUAACGACUACUACCGAAACAUAGAAGCUACAAUUGAAGGUCUGAAAGGUUUCAAUAUUUAACGAGACCAAACCAUUACACUGGAGUCUAUUGUCCUUCUUCAUGUUCAGUAGGGCAGAAUGGCCAACAUUAAAGAACAUCUGCUGAACACUCUAGAGGAAUUGGCCACAGAGGACCUGAAGAUGUUCCAGUGGCAUCUAACUAACAAUGUGGAAGAUGACAAACACAUCCCAAAGUCUCGCCUGGAGAAAGCAGACAGACAUGACACUGUGGACAACAUGGUGCAAAAAUAUGGUCAAAUUGGAGCUGUGGAGAUCACACUAGACAUCCUGAAGAAGAUGAACAAUAACCAACUGGCUGAAGAACUGAGGACCAAAGUCAAAAACAACUAGACCAGUCCAGAAUGUCACAGGUCAAACUGGUCCACGUCAGAACAUCUCAGCUCAGACUGGAACAGUGCAGAACAUCACAGGCCAAACUGGUCCACAUCAGAACAUCUCAGCUCAGACUGGAACAGUGCAGAACAUCACAGCUCACAAUGGAGGAACUGGCAGUGCACCUAUUCUACAAGAAAAUGUGAUCCAUGGUGCAGAUCUGAAGUUCCUAUGAAGUUAAAACAUCAAAGUAGUUAAGCCAGACUAAAGGCUGAACACAGUUCAGACUAAAUACGUUAUCAAACACCAGACUGUAUCAGUGUGAAACAUAACAUAACAGAUAUGUUCACGCUGACUCAUGUAUAUUUAAUCUGUUACACCCUGAAGAAAAUGUGUGAAAUCUACCUUUAAAAGGUUUUGCAACAAUUUGAAUUUGUUUUUAAAGUAAAUUAACUAAGUAAAUAAGACCAUUUUGCUAUAAUUUUAAAUAAAAUCCACUUUGUAUCAAGUGUUAAAUGUUACAUGAAUAAAACAAGAGACUGAAACCA